AUGGCCGAACGCGCACCCUCACCGACACCGUCCGAACGGGCCCGCAAGGACGCCGAAGACCGCCAGCGCGAAGAGGAGGAGCAGGCGAAACUGCCGUACAAAUGGACGCAGACGCUCGAAGAGGCCGAGGUCAGCGUGCCCAUACAGGGGAACCUGAAGGCGAGGGACUUGGUCGUGGAAUUGAAGAAGACGCACAUCAAGGUCGCAGUAAAGGGGCAGGAGCCCAUUAUUGAUGGCGACUUCCCCCACCCGAUCCAGACGGACGACUCGACGUGGGUCCUGUCGACCAAGCCCGACGGCAGCAAAGAGAUCCUCAUCACGCUCGCCAAAGCCCGCGGCUCCUACUGGUGGGCGCACAUCGUCACGUCGGCCCCCAAGAUCGACACGGCAAAGAUCGUGCCCGAAAACUCCAAGCUGAGCGAACUCGACGGCGAGACGAGGGGGAUGGUCGAAAAGAUGAUGUACGAUCAGAACCAAAAGGCCAUGGGAAAGCCGACGAGCGACGACCAAAAGAAGGACGACAUUCUGAAAAAGUUCAUGAAGGAGCAUCCCGAGAUGGACUUUUCGAACGCAAAGAUCGGAUGA